AUUUAAAAAAUAAAUAAAUAACGAAAAAAAAGAACGCCGCUGCCGUCUGCGACGGUUUCCGUGCUCUGCCUCUGCCUGCGAACCCCGGCCCAUACGAAGCUCCAAGCUAGCGAUGGGCUCGAUAGACGUCCAAUCAACGAAUGCGGAGAAUGGAUCUGCCGCCGCUUCUGCUGAUGCUCGUCAAAAGCCAGUUGCCGCCGACGCUGUGACCCAGACAUCCAACGAACCAGACGGAACGCCGCCCGAGAAACCUAAAGAAUUGGGACCGACGAAGAAGCGUAUCUCCUCCAUGCUUCCUCUGGACGUCGGAACCCGCGUCAUGUGCCGCUGGAGGGACGGGAAGUACCAUCCCGUCAAGGUCAUCGAGCGUCGGAAGUUGCAGGCAACUGGUUUUAGUGAUUACGAAUACUAUGUCCAUUACACCGAGUUCAAUAGGAGACUUGAUGAGUGGGUGAAGCUUGACCAACUUGAUCUCGAUUCAGUUGAGACGGUUGUUGAUGAGAAAGUGGAGGACAAGGUGACGGGAUUAAAGAUGACCCGACACCAGAAGCGGAAGAUUGAUGAAACACACGUUGAGGGCCAUGAGGAACUUGAUGCUGCCAGCUUGAGGGAGCAUGAAGAAUUUACAAAAGUGAAAAAUAUAGCAACGAUUGAACUUGGAAGAUAUGAGAUUGAAACAUGGUAUUUCUCCCCCUUUCCUCCAGAAUACAAUGACACCACGAAACUCUAUUUUUGUGAGUUUUGUCUCAAUUUCAUGAAGCGCAAGGAACAGCUCCAGAGACAUAUGAGGAAGUGCGAUCUCAAGCAUCCUCCUGGUGAUGAAAUAUAUCGAAGUGGUACUUUGUCAAUGUUUGAGGUUGACGGAAAAAAGAACAAGGUUUAUGGGCAGAAUCUCUGUUACUUAGCAAAGUUAUUUCUGGACCACAAGACUCUAUAUUACGAUGUUGACCUUUUUCUGUUUUAUGUCUUGUGUGAGUGUGAUGAUCGAGGGUGUCACAUGGUUGGAUAUUUUUCAAAGGAAAAGCAUUCAGAAGAAUCCUAUAAUUUGGCAUGCAUUCUCACCCUUCCUCCUUACCAAAGGAAGGGCUAUGGCAAGUUCUUAAUAGCUUUUUCUUAUGAACUCUCCAAGAAAGAAGGUAAAGUUGGCACACCUGAAAGACCUCUUUCUGACCUUGGCUUGGUGAGCUACAGAGGAUACUGGACCAGGGUUCUUUUAGACAUCUUGAAAAAGCACAAGGGCAAUAUCUCUAUCAAGGAGCUAAGUGAUAUGACAGCCAUCAAAGCCGAAGAUAUUUUGAACACACUUCAGAGCCUAGAGUUGAUUCAAUACAGGAAAGGGCAGCAUGUUAUAUGUGCCGACCCCAAGGUUCUCGAUCGACAUCUCAAAGCUGCUGGUCGUGGGGGCCUAGAGGUCGAUGUUAGCAAAUUGAUCUGGACUCCAUACAGAGAACAGGGUUAAAGCUUUGCAAACUCAUUAUUAAAUCUCACGGUAACCUAACUCUGCAUGUACAAUAAUAGUCUAGAAUUUUAGCAUAAAGCAUUACCGCUGCCAUGUCUAUCUUAUGAAUGUAAGCCUGGACAAAUCAAUACUGAACUCAUUGAAAUGACCAAUGGUAGAAAUCCAGAUCUUGUACAUCACCAGUUGCUGUAUUAUAUCUGACCCUUGACA